AUGGCCGCCGGCACCAGCGCCGAGAACAAUGGCCUCAAGAAGCUCCUCGUGGACUCCUCCGUCCCAGAGAUCGCCACCUUCCUGUCGAAACCUCGCGCAGACGGAGAGUUCGGCCUUGAAUCGAUGAGCGACUACGCCAACGUCUUCAAAGAAGAAGAUUACGAUGACAAGCUGCAGACCCUUGUCCUCGACAAGGACGAAGAGCGACGUUGGUCAGAGGUUUUCAGCGAGGCCUACGACCAUUACGCGCGCGAGGUCGAGGCCUCGCCUGCCCCCUUCUGUGGUGGGCCGUACUAUCGCGAGCUCAGGUCCGCGCGGCGGAACGUGUCGCUCACCUCUUCGUCAAAUGUCAGGUCUGACGCAGACACCCGUGCCCAGGGCAACUUGGAAAAACGCGACCUGGGAGGAGGCGCUGGUCUCACCAUGGCCGCUUCCGCCCGGGCGCCGGACAUGCUUCCCUCCGCGUUACUGCAGGUGCUCUGGGCGCUCAAACUGCUCGCCACCUCUGGGGGCCUGGCGGGCGCGAGCGUCGUGGACCCGAAGCAGUUGUACGACGUAAAGAAGAAGGCUUUCUGGAAGGCCAGGAACUGCCACCUGAAGGAAGCCCGCGCCUACGACGACUUCGCGCUCCGCAAGUGCAUGGAGCGGCCGGGCCCCGAGGCGAGCAUCGUGCAGUGGGUGCUGGACAGGGACAAAGCCACUCGCGCCAAUGCCAGAGCCCUGCGUGGCGCUGGUUGGCCCUGGGGCGAGGCCAUCAACCAUGCCGAGGACGUGCAGUGCGUGGUGCAAUGGUACUGCUCGGGUGCCGGCGUCGCCCGCCGGGCGCUCGCACCCGAGCUGCCCGAGCGCGGCGUCGCCACGCACCAGCAGCCGGCGGAGCCGCUGGCGCGCUGGCUGGCGUCCAGAGGGGCCCCCUCCGCGCAGUCGCGGCCGGCCCUGGCGCCCCAGGUGGUGGCCAAGUACGAGACGGAGCCCCGGGAGCUGUGCCGCAUCGUCACCUCCAGGUGCAUAGCGUCCGCACCUGCUGCGCCGCCGGCCCCGGCGGCGGCGCCUGCCGCGACGCCGCCGCCGCGACGGUGCCCGCCGCCGCCCGACCCCGCCGCGGGGCUGCCGCUGCCGGCGCAACCAGCGAGCGGGACGCCGCAGCGGCGCACCGCCGGCGAGCCCUCGGCGCCGCCGCCGCCAGCGCGCGCGGCCGCGCCGCCGCCGUGGGAGUGCCCGCCAGCGCUCGACCCCGCCGCGGGGGCGCCAGCGCCCUCGGCGUGCGGCCCGCCGCAGGAGCGGAGCGCCGGCGAGCCCUCGGCGCCGCCGGCGCUGAUGCGCGCCGCCGUGGGCGCGCGGCUGGCGCCCGGCCCCGCGGCGGCCCCCGCUGGGCUGGCGCAGGACUCCCCGCUGUUCCGGCCGCAGCGCUUCGACUUCUACCGCGACGAGGGCGGCGCACGGGCCGCGAGCGGCGCGUGGGCCCCUCAGGCCGCGAGCCCGCCGCCGCAGCUGGAGUGGUUCCCCUGCGCGUGGCCCUGCUCGGCGCCUGCGCAGCAGCCGGUGCUGUCGCCCGCGCACUGGUGCGGGCCAGCGCCGCUGAUGCAGCCCCCGCUGGGCGGCGCGUCCGCCGCCGGUGGCGGCUUUGCCCCGCCGCCGCCGCCGCCGCCCGAGAGGGUCCCCGUCCGCGAAUCUGUCCCGCCGCCACAGGCCGCGGCGGCGCACGCCGAGAGGGAUGCGCUGCUGGCGUCGGCCAGGAAGCUCGAGGAGAAGGUGCAGGAGCUGCUGAGCGGGCAGGAGGGCCUCCGGCACGAGCUGGAGCAGGUGAGGAUGGAGGUGCGGGACUCGAGCCGGCAGUUCCUGGAGCAGCCGUGCGGCCCGGCGGCCGGGUUCCAGGACCUCCCGGAGGUCGGGCCUGCGCUGAUGCAGCCCACCCAGGUGCUCUACCGCUCGGACCAGUGGGGCGGGCCGUCGCUGCAACCCGACACGGUCUUCUACCCCCACGCGGAGCAGCAGCCCCCCUCGCCGCGGCGCGAGUUCCCCCAGAACCGGCUGCUGUCGCAGCCCGCGCUGCAGGCGGAGCUCGUCCUCCCCGGCCAGUCCACCGCCCCCCCGGCGCAGACGCGGGCCACCUACCCGGAGAGCGCACGCCCGGCGGAGAGCGGUCGCUGGGCUCGGCCCCCGCGGAGGCCGCCCAGGCCUUCCACGACGAGGGCCCCCCGCACGCGGAGGCCGUGGGCACCCACGUCUUCUACCCCCAGGGCGCCAAGCACGUGGCGCCGCCGCCGAACCCGCCCCCUCUGGACACCCAGGUCCUGUACCCCCCGGGCGCGCGCGAGGGCGGGCCGCCGCCCGGCCCGGCCAGCCCGCCCGACGCCCGGGCGCUGGCCCCGUUGGGCUCCUCGGUGCUGCCCGCGGAGAGCAGGUCCUGCGCUCCGACUCCGUGCAGAGCCAGGGUCUGGUACCCGCAGAGCGCCGAGCAGUGGGAGCGGCUGGGGAGCUCGCCCGCCGUCCAGCAGGCGGCCGCGCACGAGGUGCUGGCGCCCCAGGGCUCUGGGCCCGCCGCGCACGAGGCGCAGCCGCACCCAGCCUCGCGGGAGCUGCGCAGCAGGGGCGCGCCCACCUACGGGUCGCUGCCGCACGGCUCGGGGGUCGCCGCCCCCCCGGCGCUGGUGGUGGACGAGCCGGCCGGCCCCCCGGCGCCGCCGGCCAACCUCGGCUUCGGCAGGAGAGCCAGGAGUUCAUCGACAGGUGGACGAACAGGGUCUCGUCGAUCGCUGGGGGGGGCUCGCAGCGGCUCCGGAAGUCCGCCUGCGCCUGAGCGGCCGCGGCUUUUGGAGCGCGUGGCGCGCCGUGGCGCCGCGGCGCGGCCGCGAUCGCGCGGCUUCCGAAGGGGGGAGCCAGCAAGGGAGCGGCUGGCGCCGCGCGGCCAAUGCCAAGCAAAUCCCCGCCCCGUCGGCGCGGCCUUGCCGUGUGCGGCCGGACGCCCCUGGCCUCCAAUCCCACGCGCUGGCCGUGCACCUGGCAGUGCCACAAAGGGUGGCCCCCGUGUAGGCGCUGCUUGUUUUUUUUGCCUACGGGCAGGCGCCGGACUCCAAGGGUCCCAGGCUGCCUCGCGGCCAGGCCUGGCCUCCCCCUCUGACGUUGCCACCCCAGCUCCCGCGGGCCUCUCGGCCCUCCGCGCCGCCGCCGCCGGCUGGCCCGCAGCACGCGCCCCCGCGGUGCCCGGCCUGGGCCUCGGAGCCGCGGCCUCGGAGCAUCGGCCUGUGAGGAGCCGCGGCCGGGCGCGCCGGAGGGGGCGAGCGAGGGGGGGGCGCGCCUGUCCUCCUCCUCCUCCUCCUCCUC